CGUGGUCCUCCUUGGCAGCGUAUGUGGCUCCAUGGAUAUGGAUUGCCGACUAGGCACUAAGUCAUGUAACUUCAAAAACUGGUCUUGCUCAGCGACAAUUAGGCGUGUCAUAUAUAAUUCACCAUAUCGAGGGGGGGGAACAAAUUAUGGCUUCCCCGAAGCUCGAAGUGACAACCAGUUGAGGUUUUGGCGUGGUGAAUUGGAUUGCACCCAACGACUUGAGGCGGACACCUUACGUAAUCCACAUAUGCCACCGCCAGGCAGUAAUGCGAGAUGCUGUCAACCCCAGUGAGAAGCUCAUCUGAGCUCAACGAGUGGCCGUUAUCCUUGUGAUUGUGUUCCCUGACCUACGCGGCCGAAUUGACAAAUUGAGAAGUACCAAUAUAUCGGUAUACUCGACAUGACUUCCCUAUUCUUCUCAACCCCGCUUGACAUCGACGUUGUCCUUGAAGAUGGCGACGAGCGCCAGAUGGUGGAUGCCAAGUUGGAAAAGGGCCAUCGGGAGAAGGUGCCCCUUUACAUGGACGGAGAAUCAGUCAAGGGUGCUGUAACUGUCAGACCCAAGGACGGGAAACGGCUCGAACACACAGGCAUCAAAGUGCAGUUUAUCGGGACGAUAGAGAUAUUUUACGAUAGAGGCAACCACCACGAAUUCUUAUCCUUGGUCCAGGAACUCGCGGCUCCCGGCGAGCUACAGCACCCCCAAACCUUCCCCUUCAACUUCAAGAAUGUUGAGAAGCAAUACGAAUCAUACAAUGGCAUCAACGUGAAGCUACGGUACUUUGUCCGGGUGACGGUAUCCAGACGCAUGGCGGAUGUGAUUCGAGAGAAGGACUUAUGGGUUUAUUCUUAUCGUAUGCCAGAAGAGAGCAACAGCCCGAUCAAGAUGGAUGUCGGUAUCGAAGACUGCCUGCACAUAGAGUUUGAAUACUCCAAGUCGAAGUACCACCUCAAGGAUGUCAUCGUGGGACGCAUUUACUUCCUCCUGGUACGCCUGAAGAUCAAGCACAUGGAGCUAUCGAUUAUUCGACGAGAAACGACUGGGACCCGACCGAAUGAGUAUAAUGAGAGCGAAACGUUGGUGCGAUUUGAGAUCAUGGACGGAUCACCUUCUAGAGCAGGUGAAACCAUUCCUAUACGUUUGUUCCUUGGCGGAUUUGACUUGACGCCAACAUUCCGGGACGUCAACAUGAAGUUUUCGACACGUUAUUAUCUGAGUUUAGUUCUCAUUGACGAAGACGCUCGUCGAUACUUCAAACAAUCCGAAAUCAUCCUCCAUCGUCUCGCUCCCGAAAUCCCACCAACGCCUGAAGUAGCCCGGCAGCAGCAGAUCCAGAUGCAGCAGGCCGCUGAGCAAAAACACCACCAGCUCCCACCAGGCUCUGCAACUCCUGGCCCAGGGAGAGAGCAUCCAAACAACCAGCAACCAGCACAAGCAACCGCUCCUGUGGCCGCGGAUUAGGGCUAACCUCCUACUCACCUAUUCUAUCUACUUCCUAUAUGAUACCAGCUAUCACGGUAUCAACAUAUACCCUCGCCAUUCCUCCGCUACUCACUAUGUAUAUUUCUGCAUACGUAUGUCGUGUCUCUGUCAUGACCUGUCCCUAUUUCUUUUUCUAGCCUGCUAGUGAGAAUACACUUUACUUUUUACUACUAUUUCACGAAACUUUCUUUUCUUGAGCCGGAUGCUCUCAUAACGAUAGCAUCUCUGUGCUAGUGUAUUGUUGACGACAUCCAGUACCGCGGCAAGGGCUUGUAAGCUUGUUGUCAUGCUAAAAGUGUAGAGUACGCUUGGAUCAGUUCAUCAUUUGACGCUUUCAGUAUUAUCUUGGCCACCAGGCUCGUGAACCCUUAGAUACGGCAUUAAAUACAUUCAAUAGUUUAGUGGUUAGUUGGCAAUAUCGAUCAUUCAGCAAACUAUCUUCAUAUAGAAAGGCGGGUGGAAGAAGGU